AAUCGAAAGGACAGCUUGCUUUGUCCCGAUAAGAACGAGCGCAUUACGGCGUGAAAGUGUUCCGGAUUGCCAUUUUGCAAAAGUGCGCCCGCAGGAGAUAGAUUGUAUGUUUAAUGAAGCUUCGUAUUAUGCUUGAAUGCAAAGUUUUUCGGGCCACGUCCCAUUAGCAACGCCUUCUCAAAGUGGAACUCUUUGUCGUCGCGCGCGCGUGCGUGAUUGACGUAAAGGGGCCGUAUACUAAUUAGAAUAUAUUAUUAAUUACUCGUCUGCAAUUACGCGCCUGUUGAUCCGAUGCGCGCUGUCGAAAAUAAACGAUGUUCGCGAUUCCCGAACUGCCCGCGCCGACCUGGGCACGGGUGAAAUGUGACGAGCUCAUUCCGCGAUGCACAGUCGGCGCGCGGAUUUCGGCUACGCCGCGCGGAGACUGAUCGCCACCGACCUCGGCCAGCGCACAACAAUGUCGCGCGCGCGGCCGGCCUGAAUCUGGGCGUCCCCGCAGCGAGCUGCUGGCCGCUUUCACCUCUGUGCAUCACGUCGUGACCACGCCGUGGAAUAUUCUUGGAUUUGGUGGCAGCGGCGGCGACUCCGAGAGUGCGACGACGCCGGUGUGAGAAGUGAUCGCAAAAGCGGGCCUCGUUUAUUAUCAUAAUUUAUAAGUUGCGGCGGGGGUUGGCAAGCCCGCGCGCCGCCGCAGUGCUUCGUCGGGGCGGCCGGAGUGGAGCGGCGCGCCGACGUUGACGGAGGGACAGCGCCGCCGCAGGCGCCCGCGGGGGCGCAAUUUGCGGUGGCUGCUCAUCGGCGGCAAUUAGCAUCCGUGUGGGCAUGCAGCCAGCGCCUCGCCAGCUGGUGGCACUGGCGAGCCACCAAGAGGCGGCUAAGAGGCAUAACGAUGCUCUCCAGUCUCAGCAGGCCAAUGGGUUGCAGUUUAUCAAGACAUCCAUGGGAGCCACGCUCGUGGGCACAGCAGGAGGGCAACCAUCGAUCUUCAGCGUUGCUGGCAUCGCACCACCAAAUGCAUCCAUGCAACAGCAGCAGCUGGCAACGCUGCUGCCUGGUCAGCAGUUCCUUGGAGCGCCCCCACAGGGUGCUACCUUCGUCCAGGGACACCAGGCUUCUCCCGUCGGAGUGGUGGUGGCAUCCCGCGGCACCCACACACAACUGGUCAAUGGCCCAGCUGGAUCUACAGCUCAGGUGAACUCUGCCCAGCAGAUCUUUCUGGCGCCGCAGCCGCAGAGCACGCAACUCCUGCUGCCCAACCCCAGUCCCUUGUCCGCAGGCCACCUGCUGGGCCAGCUACUGCCUCUGGGUGCAGGUGGAAGCCAGCAGGUGGUACAGGUGGUGGCAGCUAAUGGCACGGUACUCACCACAACAUUGGCCAACCUGCCUGCCCUCUCGCAGCAGCUUUCUCUGGCUGCAGCUCUGGCUUCGGCCAGUGGCACGGCAGCAGCCUCCAAGCAGGCCACUCUCGCGAUGCCCCACCACUUCCAGCAGGUGGCACCACAGCAGCAGCAGCAGCAGCCACACAAUGGGCACGUGGCCAUGGCAGCCCACCAUUCACAGCAGCAGCAGCAGCAACAGCAGCAACAACAGCAGCAGCAACAGCAACAGCAGAUGCAUCAGCAACAACAGAUGCAUCAGCAACAGCAGAUGCAUCAGCAACAGCAGAUGCAUCAGCAACAACAGAUGCAACAGCAGUUGCAACAGCAGCUACAGCAACAGCAACUGCAGCAACUGUUUGCUGCCACGCCCAGCAACUUUGCUGCCCUGGCAUCUGGUGCUUCCUCGGCUGCGAUGGCUUCAGCCGCCGUACCUCAAUUGUACGCCAACAUCAAUGGCCAGCUGGUGGCUGUGUCACCUCAGGUGUUGGGACAGCCGAUGCCCGGUGGACAACUAGUGCUACAGCCGCAAGGCAUGCCCCUCUCCCAAAUGCUCAUGCUCAACGCUGCACUCCCAGCACAGCCCACUACUGCAGCAGGACAGCAGCAGAUGGUGGUGACAGAGGAAGAGGAAGGGUCUGAAGGUGACGUCAAGGACGAAGAUGAUGAAUACCAGACACAUCAACCAGCUGAGGACAUGUACACUGAGGAAUCCCCCAGGGACUUGGCAGAGCCACAGGACGAGGACGAGGGUUCGGACCCCACCGAGAUCUUGGGCAUGAGUGCAGUGAGCCCAGACAUCCAGUCACCACCAGCAUCUGGAUCCCCUGCUGUCUUGCUGCAGGGAAACCACACUGUGAUGUGCUCAGCUGCUGAGACACCUGCCCUGGCGUCGUCGCCUCCUGUUGGUCUUGUGCCAGUCACCAGCACACCUGUCACCAGUGGACUGGUCGGCUGUGCACCAGUGAGCAUUGCACCAGCCAGCAGUGUGCCUGUUACCAGUUCACCAACAGCUGAUGUGCCCAUCAGUAGCAGUGCCCCGAAACCAGAAGCAACCAUCAGCCACACGUCGGCCAACAUGGUGGACGGCAUCGACCUGGAGGAGAUCAAGCACUUUGCCAAGGCAUUCAAGCUGCGCCGACUCAGCCUGGGCCUCACCCAGACACAGGUUGGCCUGGCCCUGACUUCCUCGGAGGGGCCUUCCUACAGCCAGAGUGCCAUCUGCAGGUUCGAGAAGCUGGACAUCACACCAAAGAGUGCGCAGAAGAUCAAGCCCGUGCUGGAGCGAUGGAUGCGCGAGGCUGAGGAGCGACUGCAGUCUGGUGGCAGCCAUGCCCUGGCUGACCUUGUGGGUGGGGGUGGGGUCGAGCCGACCAAGAAGCGCAAGCAGCGGACCUCCUUCACGCCACAAGCCCUCGAAGUGCUCAACCGCUUCUUCGAGAAGAGCACGCAUCCCACCGGAGCCGAGAUGACCGAGCUGGCCGAGCAGCUCAAUUACGACCGUGAAGUGGUUCGUGUCUGGUUCUGCAAUAAGCGCCAGGCAUUCAAAAACACCGUCAAAAGGCUCAAGGUGGCCACAGGCAUGGACGGCCUAUUGCCACCUCUUUCAUCUGACGCCACCACAGACUCUGUUGGCAGUGGCCCACCCUGCAGCAUGGCAGAGACUUCAACCAGCCUCGUGGACUGUGCCGAAGAGAACCCAUCGUGAGCCUCACACGUCGGCUGCAUCGCUACCAUGCCCUCAGACAUUUGUCGUCUUCAAUGUUGCCACCAACUGUGAACUGUUCAAGCACGCAUUACUUGACGUGCGAGGUGGGAACAGCUGCACUCACGCUCGUCAUGGCAUUCGGCCAUUGGAGUGCGUUGACAAGUGUGCGAGGCUCAUCUCUCAUCCACCGUGAGCGCUGUUGUACGGCAGUCACAGUCAAGUACCUGCUUGCAAUGGCUUGUCAUCACUGCCAUUGUCAUCGUGGAACAAGCACAACUGUGCGUGCUUAAAACCAGUUUAUGUGUGGAUCCAGGAGACCAGGUGACGCCUGAGUGAUGAACAGAACAAGAGCCAGGUUUGACCAGGCUGCACGACUCGAACAAAGACACAGCGAACACCUCAAAGGAGCUUGCUGAGUUCUGUCAUGUUUAUGCAGACGAAUUAUGCAUCUGCUGGCAGACUGUUGGGAACAUUCGGCAGCGCCGGUACCUCAUCUCUCGAGUGCCUCGGAUACUCAUUUUUACACCUGUUAAGGGCAGUUCUACUGUGCCUGUCACUACUGUACAUUCAUGCAUGUCACUGUCACACUUUUACCUGAGAGUCUUCACCUGUCCUCACGAAGUCAUUGUCAUAUGACAAAAAAUAUGUAUAUAAUCAGUCUCAUUUUUGCCAGCUGUGAGCGGCACCCUAAAGGGUCACAGGGCACAGCUGUUUGCUGUUUUGUGUGUAUUUUUUUGUAUGUGUGUGUGUAUGUCAUACUUGUUCUUGCUUUGCAUUACAAAAUGGUGUGAAACACUGGUGAACUUCUCUAGCAGAUAUUGAACUUCUUGUUCUGGUUGCACUCAGGAAAGUAUUGAACUCUUUUGCUGUGAGUAGGAACAGACGUCGAGGCCAAUUUAGUACAGUCACUGACCGAUUCUCCAGACACUCAAAUCUUGAACUAUCGUGCUCUUUCUAUUGCGCCACUGCGUACAUUAUAGAACAAAUUAAUGACAAUGGACGAAGUUUUGGAUGUUGGCGGUGUAGUGCUCAAUAUUUAAGACAUGCUCAAUGUUUUAAAUACGUUUCAGCCCACUUAUAACCUAACCGUGUAUAGUGCAGGGCUGAACAUAAUGUAGAUCUUUUCCGAGCCCCCUUUACCCUCCCAUAGAACUCAGUGUAUAUGCAUACUGCUUAAGCUGCAGUUUCAUGAGACGAGAUACCGGUUAUAAUGCAGCUGCCAGAAAAUCCUGCAGCCAAGUAAGGCAGAAAAUGCGCUUGUCAGUGGGAUGCAUCAACAGAGGGGAGAGCAAUAGGGUCAGUGUGGAAGAGGGCGACACGCAGAGUGAUUGAACAAGGAGCAGAAACAAAACGACAAUGUGCCUGUUAUGGUGGCAGCCACAGUGAGACACUGAUAAGUCACUAGGUAUAUGGUGCUCUUCGGACCCAUACAGGUUAGCGGGGUCAGCACGUGCGCUCUGCACCGAGCUUUCUUUUGUGUAUUUUUACAAAAAUUUUUUUCAAGCUAGCAUGCGCAUUGUCACUCUUCAGCUUACCAGUUUCUUUAUAUGGAAAGUAAAUAUGUUCCUCUUUUACAUUUUAUGGGCUAUUUUUUUCGCCUCAUGCGCGCCUGUAAAGGCAUUAACAUUUUGAUGUUAGCAAAUCUAAAAGGGUGCAAACAUCUUGGUCACAUGUAUGAUUGUCAAAUACGUGUGUCUGCAUGGUCCACGUCUUUUGCAUCGGUGCAGGCUUUGAAAACUUGUUUUCGUUACAUGCAGUGCAGGUAUCUGUAAAUCCUGACACUAGCGUUGUAUAUAAGUUGUCUACAUUGUAUUACAAUCAUCAGCAAAGCUGCUGCCUUAAUUAGGAAAAUUAUUUUUCGGCAUUGUGAGAUCUGUUUGGUUUCUACGACUAAUAGUGAAGAGACAUUUAUAAUCAGCACCGCAGCAGCAACAUUCAGGUGAUGCACUCUACGGGCCAGCAAGGCUCCCUACAAAACGUUAUAGUUGAAUGAAUGUUGGCAUGGAGACAUUCAACAUUGAGAAUAGUUGCAAAUAAAGAAGAAGGUGUGCAAAGCACGAGCAAUGGCCACGGGCGCUGGCUCACUCAGUUGCUCUAUUGUCGGAAGUCGAGGGCCAGAUGGCAGGGUGGGUUGCAGCACCACACAAACUGUGUCUAAACAACGACAGGCAUUAGACUCAAACUCGGACGUCUGACUCGUUUGCCAUCUGGAGGCAAUUGAGUGAGCCAGCACCUGUAGCCGCUGCUCGGACUCGGCGCAGCUUAUUCUUUAUUUGCAACAAGAAAUUCCAGCUUGAUUUGUGCCAGUUUCUCACUUAAUGCUGCUAUUCCAAGACAUUGCACUCGAGUGGGGUGACCGAGCUGGACUCUUUUGAAAGCGAGCACAAUAAUCAUGGUAGUCCUUGUGCACGGUCAAGCAUGUCUGGCCAUACUGGCUAUAAACCACUGCAAGUUCAUACCCUACAACAGUUGCACUUGCUCGGUGGAAUGGGGAAAGCUCGCGCACUAGCGGAAGGCUUUUGAAAAGUGAACUAGCACAAUUGGUUCCAGCGGUGUGUUAUCCGUGUCACAUGCAACAUCUGCACUUCAUGUUGCUGCAGUGCCAUACAACACACAUAAAUCUAGAAAUCAGGUGAACACGAAAUACAUGACCGGCAUGAAAAUGUUAUUGCAUGAAGUGCAAGACCGAGCAAAAGCCCACAACAGCUUUCCAUGCCGCUGUCAUCGCAAGACAGAUAAUGUCCGUCAUUUUUAAAUGCGAAGUUUUUUCUCGACUGCCCUAGUAUUGAAACACUUUUGCAGUUCUGCCUGUGUCUAAAGAAUCGGUCAGUGACUGUACAUACAACAAGGUAGCUGCUGGCCACAAGGGCUUCAAGGAGGCUUUUCAGUUCAGAAAAGUGUGUUGUGCAUUUAUCAGCGGCACCCUGGCAGUUGUUGCAGAAAUAUUAUUUCUCUUUUAUUUAUUUACAUUAGCUGCUACCUCACGGGAGCAAAACAUGGUAAGAAUCAUUCCCGGUCUGAUGGAAAGGGCACAGUGAAGGGAUUGUGUUGAAAAUUGGCAACUGUAAUGCUGUUUUCGUCAAUGCUUUGGUACCUUUUGCUACGUAAAUAAGAGUACCGGCUAUACAGGACUCAUGUACUACAUCGGCUGCAAUUCGUUCUGGACAAAACAGGCAAAGUGAUGCACCCAAAUGUGUUAACUGCACGCACCACGAAAUUGCAAUUUUCUGAAACUUGAGUGCGAAUGAGCCAGCUGUUUAACCAAAAGAGUCAUGUAUAUGUGGUGCUCUUAUUUAAGUAAUAUUUAGCAAAAACCAAGUAGCCCAAGUGUCCAGACUUCUGCUAUUUGUGAGGUAGUACCAGUCAGCGCAAUGCAAUGCCACACAAGUGCUAUAAGUGUGAGUAUGAUGGUGUAGUAAGUUUUACAGAGUUUGGGUGCCUGAGCCUUCUCGUUAUUGUCAUAGCAAUUUUACCGCUCAUCGUGUCAGUGACUGGUGGCUUACAUCAGAAAGUAAGUGAUUUAUUAAGAAUAUGAUGUAGACAGCAUUCACAGUGAGUGAGCAAGUGCUGAAGAGUAGGAGACCAAAGCCCCUAUUCUUGAAAAAUAAUUUCGGGCAAUGCUUUUACUUUUGCAUGGCACAAAAUCCAAUGUGGUGCCUUGCAUUUGCUCGCAUUCCUGCUGGCAUGUGCUGUCUUUUGGUGUGCUUGUGGUGUGCAUUUAAUUUACUGCGCCGAAUUUCACUGCAAGGAUUCGCUUUUAAGUUGGAAAGCAAUUAAUGUUGUGGUGUUCAGAAGUUUAUUGCGAUGUGGAAGGACAAAUGAGGUAAGAGAGACAGCAGGGAGUGUCAUUUCCGACUCUAGGUUGUAGUAUGCUUUGAAUGGGCAGAUGUGUCAGAGAGUGAAAGAACUGCAUAAAACAUGGGACACUCAAAAUAUUGCAUAUUGCACAUAUAGAUGAUAGUUGUUAUUUGUGGUUCAGAAAGAUGCAUUUGAUUUUUGGAAGUGUAAUAGAUGCAACACUGAGGUAUAUGUUUCGCUGUUAUAACCCUAUUUCAGAGUUCUUGGUCAGUUCAUACGAAAAUAAGUCACAGCAGCAUUUAGCAGUGCUAGUUUAAGGUAAAUUAAAUUGGAAGUAGCGCUUCAUGUCAUCUGUCAUUAUGUGUGUGCCUGUGUCGCACUGCUCACUGAUGUUUAAGCAGAGUCUCGAGUCUGCCCAUUAGUGUGUGCAAUGCAGUACACAUAUAAUGACAAUCGCAAGUCCCAAAUAUCAUUGGCCUUACACUGUUUGAAUCACUUCCAGGAAUGUCAGUUUCAGUGAAUGGUGAUUGCGUCUGACAGGCAAUAUAAUCACUUUCACAAUAUUC